UCUACUAAGUUAUUUUGUAAUUCUGAAAAAUUAUAUGGGCUAGAAACAACCCAUUUUGUUUAAAACCAUGUCUUGUAGAAAGUGGUUUAAUACAGUAGAAGAAUUUAUAAGCCACCAUAAAAGUCAUAUAUCAAGUGAUAAUUCAGAUAAACAACAAAGCAGUGAAGAGGAAACUUUUCACUUUCCCAAAUCCAAUGAAAAAAAUUUAAGAAAAAAGCAAUUUGUGAGUGAAGAAGACAAAAAAAUUAAAAAACUCUUUAUUUGUAAGGUAUGCAACAGAACCUUUCAACGGCCAACCAAAUUUGCAGCUCACGAAAAAGCUCAUUUAAAUAAGGACUUAAAUUGCAAAGAAUGCGGGAAGAUUUUGCUUUCUGAAAAAAGUUUAAAUCAUCAUGUAGCAUGGCAUUUUCGCGAAAAAUUUUUUUGUACAAUUUGUCCUAAAAAAUUUUCUCAAAAAAAUCAUCUAGUAGAUCAUCUUAGAAGACAUGCCGAUGAUAAACCGUUUAAGUGUGACGUAUGUAACUGUCGUUUUUUACAUAGAAGCCAUCUAAAGCAUCAUAAACAAUCACAUUCCAGCGAAAUAAAUUGUAUUUGUGAAGAGUGUGGUCAGCAAUUUAAAACAUUUUAUAAUUAUAAAGAGCACAUGAAGAGACAUAAAGGCCUUCGAGAUUUUGGUUGUGAAAAAUGUAAUAAAACAUUUUAUUCAAAACGAGCUUUAAAAGAUCAUACAAUAACACACACGGGAGUAAAGAAAUUUGAAUGCACAACAUGUAAUUUAAAAUUUGCGAGAAAAACAUCAUUAAACGUCCAUUUAAAAACCCAUUCAUAGCAAAAAAUUUUGUAACGAAACAAUAAAAUUAAAAUGCAAUAAUUAAAAUUUUAUAUUUAAUAAUGGAAUUUUAAA